AUGUAUCAGUUCAAAUUCGUAGAAGAGAAUAUAACAGUUCAUCUGUUCUUUAAGUGUACGGUCGCAAGGGCACUCUGGUUAGCCUCUCCCUGGGGCAUUAAGUGGGAAAACGUUCAACUGCCUAGCCUCGAAGCUUAUCUCGAUAGGAUUGCAGACCCGGUAGGCAGCUUACCAAUCUCCCACAACGAUGGUGAUAGUUUUGUUCUGUAUGCGGUGAUUAUAUUGGAGUCUAUCUGGAAAAUCAGGAAUAAGCUCGUUUGUGAAGGUAAAAGAAGUCCUCUAGAAGAUGAAGUCAGGGUCAUUAAUAGAAGAUUUGAUGAGUUCUGGAUGAGCAGGACUACCCCAGCAAACCAGUUAGCCCCCACUGGAAAUCAAGCAACCACAUGGUCCCCUCCCCCUUAUGGGACAAUAAAAAUUAACUCGGACGCGUCGAUAGGGAAGGAUUUUGCUAGUCUCGGUAUUGUAGUGAGGAACCAUGUUGGCCAAGUCCUCAAAGUUGAAGUUUGGAAAGAGAGGAUAGAUGUUGCAGAAGCAGCAGAAGCUGCUGCAAUCUGUAAGGCUUUGUCCAUGGCUGUUAACGAAGGCUUCCAGGACGUUAUGUGCGAAAGUGAUGCCCAAAGCAUAGUUCAAGCUCUCAACAAUACGCGGUCUCACUCUUUCCAUUGGUCUGCAGACGUUUUCAUCAAGGAAAUAUUACAACUGUGUCCUGUUUUCAAUUCUGUAACCUUUGCUUGGACCCCAAGAAACAACAAUAGGAUGGCUCACCUAGCAGUCAGAUGGGGUCUGCUGAAUAGCUUUUGUGGUCAGAUUUGUCCUUUUUUGAUCUCUAGAGAGUUUGUAGAGGUAAUGCUUCAAGAAGGUGGUCAACAGACUUCUUCUUAA